CAUGAAGAUGACGUACCCUGCAUGAACUCGCGCUCAAACUGUGGGUUGUAAAGAAAUCUCGCGAGAUGUGUUGCUGGUAGCAAGCUAUCAGAGAUGUUAGCUCAGCAGGCUAUUCCCCCUGUCCACCUGGAUUUUGCCGCAAAGCAAACUGAAUCGGUACAAUUGUGAAACGUGUAUCCAAGGAGCGGCAGACGACACAAUAAUGUAGUCGUUUUAUAUUCGUUUAUAUUCUUAGGUGUAUGUUAAUUUAGUGCGUGCGUGUUCUGUUAUGUUUAAUAUUAUUUUCUGUUUUCAUCGCCGCACCCACUAUAUUAAUUUUUUGUUGUGGGCUAACAGCUAGCUAAUGUUUGCGUUUGGAGCUGGACAGCAGGUAGCGUUAUUGGAAUCAGAGAGAAGCCAGCUACGAGAAAGCGUCGCGAUUGGCUACUAUUACUAAGAAGCUAAUUUGAAAUUAUAUUUGCAGAUAUUGCUAAUGCUGACUAGUCCCUGUUUUCUGCCACAUCUUCACCAGCCUGUAGACCAGUAAAUUAAUUAGUUAGCCUGGUAACGUACGGUAACGUUAGUCAUCAUGACUGGUGAGAAGAUACGCACCAUGCGAAAGGACCACAACAAACCAAACAAAAAUGAGGAGAUAAUGGAAACCUACGAUGAAACGUCAAAGGAGACUAUCCCUAACGAAACCGGUAACCAUCUCAAAUCCAACAAGGCUUUUCAGAAAUCUGUCAAAACCUCGGUACUGCAGCAGCAACAGCAGCUCAACGCAAACAACAUUAACGGCAAUUCAUCCUCAAUUGGCACCAUUGUUAAUGAUAACAACAAGAACCCAAUUAUCCUGACAAAUGAGGACUUGGACUUUCCUGUUCACGAGUGCGUGUUCAAGGCAGAUGUGCGGCGGCUCUCAUCUCUCAUCAGGACCCAUAGCAUCUCCCAGAAAGAUGUACAUGGGAACACACCUCUUCACCUGGCUGUGAUGCUGGGCCACAAAGAAUGUGCCCUCCUACUCCUGGCCCAUAACGCUCCUGUAAAAAUAAAGAAUGCACAGGGAUGGAGCCCUCUAGCAGAAGCCAUCAGCUACGGCGACAGGCAAAUGAUCACAGCAAUACUGCGGAAGUUAAAGCAGCAGUCCAGGGAGAGUGUGGAGGAUAAGAGGCCAAAAUUACUGAGAGCUCUCAGGGAGCUUGGUGACUUUUAUCUGGAGCUGCAUUGGGACUUUCAGAGCUGGGUGCCUUUGCUGUCCCGAAUGCUUCCAUCUGAUGCCUGUAAAAUCUAUAAGCAGGGAAUUAAUAUCAGACUUGACACCACUCUCAUAGACUUCACUGAUAUGAAGUGUCAGCGCGGCGAUCUUAGCUUCAUUUUUAACGGUGAGGCUACACCCUCCCAGUCCUUUGUGGUUGUGGACAAUGAAGCAAAAGUGUACCAAAGAAUACACCAUGAGGAGUCAGAGAUGGAGACCGAAGAAGAGGUGGAUAUUCUGAUGAGCAGUGACGUCUACUCUGCAACUCUGUCCACCAAGUCCAUCUCUUUCUCUCGUAGUCAGAUUGGCUGGGUGUUCAGAGAAGAUAAAACGGAGAGGGUUGGAAACUUCCUGGCUGACUUCUAUGCAGUGAAUGGUCUGAUGUUAGAGUCACGGAAACGGCGAGAACACCUAAGUGAGGAGGACAUCUUGAGGAACAAAGCCAUCAUGGAGAGCUUGAGUAAAGGAGGCAGCAUCAGUGAACAAAAUUUUGAGCCUGUGAGAAGGCUGUCCCUCACAGCGCCAGCGCCCAACACAAUUACUUGGGAAGAGUACAUCACGGCAGAGCACGGAAAGCCCCCUCAUCUUGGGAGAGAGCUUGUGUGUAAGGAAAGCAAGAAGAACUUCAAAGCAACUGUAGCCAUGAGCCAGGAUUUUCCUCUAGGGAUCGAGUCGUUACUAAAUGUGUUGGAGGUCAUAGCCCCGUUCAAGCACUUCAACAAACUCCGGGAGUUCGUUCAGAUGAAACUUCCGCCUGGGUUCCCAGUCAAACUUGACAUCCCUGUCUUCCCCACGAUCACAGCAACUGUCACCUUUCAGGAAUUCCGCUAUGAUGAAUUUGAGGAGUCUAUUUUCUGCAUCCCGUCAGAAUACAAAGAAGAUCCCAGUCGCUUCCCAGACCUCUGACCUGUAAACACAUCUGACACAGACAGGAAAUGAGCAGCGAGCUAAUAUGUUUGGGAGGUGGGAAACAAAAAUAUGAGGAAUACUGUAUUAUUUUGUUGCUAUAAUAUUAUCUGUUUUUACUAUAAAAAAAAGGCGGGGGGGGACAGGUCUAAUUGAUCAGUUAUUGUUCAUUUUGCUGGUGGAUCAAAAGCAAAUCAAUGCAAACAGAUGUUGCAGAGCGCCAUCUCAGACAUAGAUGCAUAUCGGCAGUCAGUUUUCAUGAAAUGUAGCUUUCAUCGUACUUGCUGUUCACUACCUGAGCAGUUAAAGCUGCUGUUCUCUCCUGUGAAAGCUGUCAGAAGACACAACCUGGACUCUUCAUCGUCACUAUUUUAAUAUCUUCUUCACCCCCCACCCUCCAAAGACUGAUAAUUGAAUUCUCAUUCUUGAAACUGCACUGACACCGUCAUCUGUAAAUAAUUCACAUCUCGUCUGUAAUUCAUACAACAUAAAGAAUCACAAAUAUAUCUAUAUCCUCAAAACUGAGCUUAAUAUUCAUUUAUAAAUUAUAUACUAAAUACAUAUAUAAAUACUCAAAGGAGUAACACUGUGUUGCAAUACAUUUCCAGUACUUGAGAAUGUUUUUAACCAGCUGGGAAAGGUUUUUCGCAUAAAAAUACAUUCUUACCAGUUUGACAUCCAAGCCUUUUCCCCUGUGCAGGACGCAGUCUCCUGUGUUUUCAGGUCCGCUCAUGUUACCUCUCUGCUGUCUCCAUGUAUGCUGUGAUAGUAUGGAUUCUGUACUCGGUGUGAGUGAAUAAUUGUACUGUAUCAAGGUUUUGUUGUAUGUACGUUUGUGUGUGGGAGAACCCAGAUGGGAUAUCAGGUAAACUGUUCGUAGUUUAAUACUGCACUGAUAUUAAGUAUAUUCAAGGCAUGCUAUGGCUGUGUUGGCCUACUGGAUCACAUGCAUCUUUAAGAUAUAUUCUCUGAGCGUUUGUUACAUUACCUGCAGACUUAUUGGUAGUUAGAUUAAGGAAAAACUGAAACUUGUAACACUAACACUUUUUAAACACCUUUUAGUGCUUAUAAAAUCUCUCCUUGAUGGUAGUCUGUGCAGUUUUUAUUUAUUUUUUCUUCAAAUCUAAGGAGAGUGAACUAAGCUGUGAAGUUGAUAUUGCUGAAUAUCCCAAAACUGUCCAGAUGGAAAUAAUCUGAUCCAUUGAGUUGGCUUCAGCUAAUAUGUAAUGCAACCAUACCUACUUCACGUCCCUUUAAAUAAAGCACCAGCAUCAUGUUUCAACUGA